AGACCUAGUUGUUUUCAUUUAUGAAAAUUACAAAAAACUGCCUCAUUUCAUAGACCUAAAUAACAUUAUCUUCAUUGGACAAAUGACAAUAGCAACGUCGUUUCAUCUGCCAACGCGUAAAGAAUGAUGCGGAUCCGUUCCAACGUUCUGCAUAACUGAGAAAUGUUUCCGCAUAUUGAUUAUAUUUUCUCCACGAAUGUAGCCGCGUCCUCAAGAGAAUCCCCAUUUAAGUUUUAACCACGACUCUAUGAUUGGCAUUAGUUGAUUCAGCGUCAAGAAAUUGUUCUUAGAAAGCGCUGGGUGGUUUUGGACAACGCUAAAUGACUGCAGAUGGACUCAUUGCUCGUGUUAACUGGUUUUGAGUCACUGGCAUCUCGGGAGGAACAUCGCGCGGCGCGCUGACAGAUCUCGGUGAUACUGUGGUGAUAGUCAUUGCGAUGUCCACAAAGAAGGCAUCGUUGAAGGAUAAAGAGACUAAAAACGGAACAUCAAAAUAUGUGUUGGAGAGAUGCGCCUCGGUUUGCGAGUAUUUUGAUAUUGCCUUCAAGGUGAUGCUGCUGGGAGACUCUGCGGUGGGGAAGACGUGUGUGCUGGUGCGCUUUAAAGACGGGGCCUUUUUGGGAGGCAACUUCAUAGCCACCGUGGGAAUAGACUUUAGGAAUAAAGUUGUGACGGUGGACAACGUGAAGGUCAAACUCCAGAUCUGGGAUACUGCAGGACAGGAGAGAUUCCGCAGUGUCACGCAUGCCUACUACAGAGACGCACAGGCCCUCCUCCUGCUCUAUGACAUCACCAGCAAGUCAUCCUUUGACAACAUCAGGGCCUGGCUGACUGAAAUUCAUGAGUAUGCUCAGAAGGAUGUGGUCAUCAUGUUGCUCGGCAACAAGACGGACAUGGCCGGAGAGAGGGUCAUCAAGCGUGAGGAGGGAGAGAAGCUGGCCAAGGAAUAUGGAGUCCCUUUCAUGGAGACCAGUGCCAAGACUGGAGUCAACGUAGAGCUGGCCUUCUUGGCUGUAGCAAAGGAGUUGAAGCACAGAGCUGCCCAGCAGCCUAACGAGCCCAAGUUCCAGAUCCACGACUACAUUGCAUCUGAGAAGCAGAAGUCUGGCUGCUGUGGUGGCUACAUGUAGCUAAACCUCUCACCAACUGUUACACCACACCAGGCCACAGUGAGAGAGGAGUGAGAGAGACACACAAACAUCUACAGAGAGAGGGAGGGAGGGAGAUAAAGAGAGAGAGACAUAGAGCAGUAGGGAGACAGUCCCCCUAAAAUAGCAUCAUCAGAUAGCGAGUAGUCAAAAAGAGCAGAGCAACCACAUUGUGAAAAAGAGAGCACCUGGUCUGCUCCCCACCUACUUGGAAAGCCUAUGGUAACUAGACAACCCUCAUUCUACCCCUAUCAGGAGAAAAACCAUGUCAGUGUUUUCAGUUUGAUAGCAAUCCUUUACCAGUGUAUUUAAAAUGUGAAUUUAUAUUUGAAACAUGCUUGGAUCAUUUAGUUCAUGUGUAUCACAUCCUGCAGCUGCAGCCUGUCAGCCUUACUCAUUAUUGCCAUAAGGAAGGAUUGGAAAUCCAAAUGGAAUUUCUUGCCCCAAUAUUGCCAUAUUUACAAAAAAAUGAAGAAAUGAUCUGAUCACUUUAUGUAAAGAUGUUAGCUGGAAUAAAAUACAGAUUUUCUGGGGCUCAUGGCUUCAUAUGUUUCACCACAUUCUAUUCAGGACUAAAUGCCAUUAUACAUGUUGUAUGAGGAGUACCCUCUACUACUGCGGUGUCAUACACAGCGUGUCCCAGAUGCGGCCUCUACCGGCUAAAAUAUGUCUAAUGACAGUCAUUUUGUAAUUAUACUCCAAAUUAACAUUCUUUUCUGAAAUGUUGUGGUCAAAUGUUAAUUGAGGUGGUGGUCAGAAGUUCCAGCAUGAGUUUUGAUUUGCUUUUAAACGUGCCAUCCACCAUGUGCCAUCCACCAAUGAGAGAGCUCCCUCAGACACUGUUGUUGUGGAGCCUCUCUCAGUCAUCAUUAAUGGACGUUGUUGUUGUUGUGUCUCUACUGUACAUGGGUUGUUCAUGGGUUGCAUUGUGUAAAAUGUUCCUUUGUAUUUGGUUCAUUAUGAAUGUUUGCUUAUUGAAUUUGCAUGAUGUCACAAUUAUUGUCACUCUGUGGAGAUGUCACAGUGAUCACAAAGUGCCAUGGAAAAGUGCUUUGU